AUGAGUGAAGAAAAUGAUGAGGUUGAGAUUGGACUGGAAAAUACAAUGAGCCUAGAAGAAACAAAACAAGAACCUAAGGUAAAUAUGAUUUUUAACACAGCUGAUGAGGUGCUUGAUUAUUAUAAAAAAUAUGCAAAUCGAGUAGGUUUUCCAAUGAAGAAGAGAUCAUCGAAGAAAGGAGAUUGUGGGGAGUUGAAAUAUGUGACUUUAUCAUGUUCUCGAUCAGGGAUCCCACAAGAUGAAAGUGGUCGGUUACGGAAUGUGUUUUGGGCAGAUUCCAGGAGUAGGGCAGCAUAUGAGGAAUUUGGUGAUGCCAUUACAUUUGACACGACCUACUUGACGAAUAAGUAUGACAUGCCAUUUGCUCCAUUUGUAGGUGUCAAUCAUCACGGGCAUUCAAUUUUGCUUGGAUGUGGACUGAUUUCAAGUGAAGAUACUGAGACAUUUGUUUGGCUUUUUAAAGUGUGGUUGGCAUGCAUGUCUAGGCAUGCUCCAUGUGGGAUAAUUACUUAUCAAGACAGGGCCAUGAAAAAUGCUAUUGAGAUUGUCUUUCCUAACACUAGGCAUCGUUGGUGCUUAUGGCAUAUAAUGAAGAAGCUUCAUGAAAAGCUUAAGAGUUAUAAACACUAUGAAUCUAUUAAAUUUACCUUGGAGAACAUUGUGUAUGAUUCAUUGACCAAUAUUGAGUUUGAAGAUCGUUGGAAAGAGAUGAUUGAGAAGUAUGAGUUACAGAGUAAUGAUUGGUUACGAGGCUUAUAUGAUGAAAGACGUCGUUGGGUGCCAAGCUUUGUGAAAGGAAGUUUUUGGGCGGGCAUGUCUACCACACAACGAAGUGAGAGUAUGAAUGCAUUUUUUGAUGACCACGUAAAUUCUAAGACUACCCUGAAGCAAUUUGUGGAACAAUAUGAAAAUGCAUUGAUGACUAAGGUAGAAAAAGAGAACCAAGCAGAUUAUAAGUCUUCCUCUGCAGAUAUCCAAUGUAGCACCCACUACUUUAUGGAGAAACAAGCUCAAGGUGUGUACACUAUUGCAAAAUUCAAGGAGUUCCAAGAUGAAUUAACAGGUAAAAUGUAUUGUGAGGUAGUUGAUACCAAGGAAGAUGGUGUGUUUUUAAAGUAUCAAAUAUCUAAAGAUAUGAUAAUUGCGGGAAAAAAAGAGAGUGUAAACUUUACAGUCAUAUUCCAUGAAUUUGACAGCGAAGUUAAGUGCAAUUGUUCCAAGUUUGAGUUUAAGGGAAUAUUAUGCAGACAUGCCAUUUAUGUCUUGAUUAAGCAUAAGAUGGAUUUAAUUCCAGAUAAAUACAUCUUGCGAAGAUGGAGGAAAGAUGUGACAAGACGUCACACAAAGAUUAAAAUUAGCUAUAAUGAGUCAAAUGCCACACUUGAAGCACAUCAGUGUGAUAAGAUGCAGAAGACCUUUGAUGAGAUUAAGGAGUUGGCAACUGAUUCUGAAGAAAAGUGUGUGAUUGUGAUGGCUUGGAUGCAGAAACUAAAGGAGCAAUUGUCUAACCAGGACAACGUUUGUGGGAGUACUCAACCAACUCCCGAGUCACCAACUGGUAGGAGCUUUGACAAUUGUGUUAAUGAAAUUUCAAAUUCGAAGAAGAUACUUACCCCGUUAGCAGUCAGAAGCAAAGGUCGACCACCAUUUAAAAGGAAGCAAUCUAAAAUGGAACAAAUUGCGUUCCAGAUGGUAGAAAGUGAUGUUCCACCCACUGACAAAAUUAGUUGUGAUAUAGUUGGAACACAAGAGAGUUGUAAGAAAUUGGAUAGCAGACUAAGCAGAGUGUGCGAAGGUAUUUGCGAAGCGAUGGCACACCUGUGGUUGGAAUGGUUUUGUGAUGAGGGAAAGAAUAAUUUGGACUCUUACACAAUCGAGCAGGCUGAGUUUAUGAAGAUUUUGAAAAGGUUUCAUGCGUACAAGAUGGCAACCAGAGUUGACAAAAUUUAUGGAGAUGGAUUUAGAGAAGUUCAGUGCGCGGUUUUUAAGGCUGCAUGUGUUUUGACUAUGAUGAAAUGCGCGUAA